AUGGAUGACAGCGGAACUCCUACAGGUAACCUGCAGAUAGAGUCACAAGAUGGGUGUCAUCCCGGUGACGGCGUGGGAAGCAUAGUGACACGCUUGCCUUCUGCCUCGGAUGAAAAUGAAAAUCAGCUGGAUGGGGACGGGCAUGCGUGUCUGAGCAGUGGUGCCAGCGCCAUGGGCCAACCUGAUGUGCUUGCCCAGGACAGUCUCAACAAUAACGAAAACUGCCCGCCCAGCAGUGAGGUGGCCGUGUGCGAGAGCUUGGAAAACACUUCUUGUGAAAGCCCCCAGGAUGGGCUGGCCCUCAUGGGAAAGGAGAAAAAAAUACCUGGGAAAAGAAGCCCGAGAGCCAAAAGAGGCACAACUAAGAAGAUAGCACAAGGAUUUUGUUCAGGAGAUGCUACACCUUUGAUGCGAGAAAAUACACUAAGUGCGUCCACACAUGCUGUGAGUGAUGAAGAGUCCGCAGAAGUAAACGCUAAUGAUCAACCCGAAGCCCCAAAGCGAGUUCUUCAGUAUCUGUUCUCACUUAUACGAGGGGAAGUUGAGCAGUUGGAUUCCAGAGCACUCCCCCUCUGCCUUCACCAGAUAGCAGAGUCCUAUUUCCAGGAGGAGGACUAUGAGAAAGCAAUGAAAUUCAUUCAGCUUGAACGACUGUAUCAUGAGAAAUUGCUCGCAAAUCUCUCUGCCAUUCAAGAAGAGUGGGAAACAAAAUGGAAAACUGUACAACCACAUACAGUUACAUCUCUAAGGAAUUCGGAAAAAGGAUUUAAUGGUGAAGAUUUUGAAUGGCUUGCUAAGUUUUGCACAACACACCAAGAUCCUCUUUUAUCCAAACAUAAGGUAGAAGCUGUAGAAAAGCCUCUGGGAAGGAAAUGCUUUACGCAGUUAAUAGUUUCUGAGGACCUGAGGGAAGGAGGAGCCACAGCCGAAGAGCCGGAGAGUGAAAGUUGUCUUGGCCCCGAGCGAAGGGGAGAAAGCCCCGGUCAAGAGAGAAGCCAGGAGAGCAGCCCGGGCUGUCUCCCGAUGGACAGGCAGGCCGCGCCCCCGAGCCUGCUGGUAACUGCGGGGGAGCGCCACACGGAGGAGCCGCUGUGCGGCGCGGCGGCCGCGCGGGAGUUGCACGCCCCGCCCUGGCCCUCGGCCGGGAGCCGCUCGGAGGACGCCUGUGAGGAUGACAGCCGCCCGCAGCGGCCUCAGACGGAGGCCUGCCGCGAUGUGGCCGCCGCAGCCCCCGCGGCGUUGCUCCCCAGCGAGUCCAUGCUAGAGCCCUUGAUCUCACCCGGCUCUGACCUCUUAGCUCCGGCGUCCGCCUCCGAGGGACAGUAUUCCCGGACUCAAAGAAAGGGACUCCGUUUGCCACUUAAGGAUGCUUCUGAGGCGUUGCCCACGGACCGCCUUGAGAACAGUGACUCCAGUGAGCUGCAGCAACCUGAGCUCACAGACAGCGAUGGAAAAUCACCACGCGGGCGGCCGGACCCACAGCGCUCUGACAGGGCACUUUGUGAGAGUAAUCAAGCGUCUGACUUAAGUGCGCUGCGGCCAGAGGCGUGUAUGGCCCCCGAGGAGAGGGGGGGUGAGGACGAGCACGUCAGUAAAGAGACGGAAGACUAUUUGAACAGCCUGUUAGAAGGAUGCUUAAAAGAUACUGAAGACUCCCUGUCACGUGAAGACAACCAGGAGGAAGACUCGGACCUUCUUCCAGAUCUUUCUCCUGAAGAAGCCUCCUACAGUCUGCAGGAGGAUCUGCCUUCCGACGAGAGCUGUCUUUCUCUUGAUGAUCUUGCAAAAAGGAUAGAGAUAGCAGAAGUUGUCCCUGCAGAAGGACUGGUCUCUAUAUUAAAGAAGAGGAAUGAGGGUGUAGGAGACAAUCCUGCCCAGAUGCAGCAGAAACCAUCAAAACGAAGAGUGAGGUUCCAGGAGAUCGAUGAUGACUUAGAUCAAGAUGAAGUUGGAGGUGGUUCCUGUAUUUUACUGGUCUUGCUGUGCAUAGCAACGGUUUUCCUGAGUGUUGGAGGAACCGCAUUGUACUGUACUUUUGGUGACAUGGAGUCGCCCGUUUGUACAGACUUUGCGGACAACGUGGAUUUCUAUUACACUAAGUUACUGCAGGGAAUGGCGGAACUGAAACACUGGGUCUACCUCUCCUAG